UCAAGAUGGUAACACCUGUGUCUGACUCGGACUGCGGUUGAGGGAUUUUUACCUUUCCUUACACAAAGCCUGAUGAGAGCGGUUUCAAAUAUUAAUAUUUCUAUUUCAGAUGGCGAGCUUGGAAGGAUUAAACGUGUUUUUCUCUGCACAGCAGGUAAAAUGGGAGAGAAAUGUAAACUGUAGUUUUGUCUGCUGCGCCAGAGAAAAUUUCUGCUUGUUAAAAGAACAUUUUUCGCUCUAUUUGUGUAAGGAUAAGGUAAGUGUUUUUCUGUUGUGUAGUUUUUGGUGGAUCUGAGUUGAUUGUACAGAGAUUGUAUGAUGAGAUAGUGAUGUGUUUGCAGUACAGGGUAUUGUGUUUUUUUUGUUGUUGUAACUUCUUAACUUUUAUAUUACUGUGAUUUUGUAAAGGUUUAUAGAGGCAGCAAUUGGUUUUAGUGUUUGUACAUUAGAGACAGCAUUUUGUUUCGUUUGGUCUUCCUAUUGUUGGAUUUUGUAGACACUAUCUUGAUUUCUUUUGUGUCAAGCCACGUGGGUUUGUCGGCCAUCUUUAAUCUCCUUUGUGUGAAGAACAUGUGGCUUUGGCAGACAUCUUGGUGAGUUAGUGCUGUAGGUUUUAACAAGGAAUUAAUUUAAGUUUGAGCUGGUUCAUUUUUAGUUUUGGUGUCUAUGGAAAGCGAUUUGGUUGUUUUUGCCUGAAAUGUUAGUUUUGUCCAGAAUAGUUAUCUUGUCUUUUUUUAACCUUUCUAUGGACAGUCUGAUUUUGUGUUGAUAAGUUUUGUGCUGGAUAUCAGUUGAGUGUUUGGUUAUGUUAUAGCUCAGUGAACAGUCUGAUAGGGGAAUCAUUGUGUGAACAUUAGUGGCAGUAUAGCGGUGAAAUUGUCCUAUAGUUGAUUCUGCUUAAUGUUUGUAUAUCUGUGGCUGUUACACUGAAUUGUAGACUUGUUUGGCAUAAUUAAUACGGGCACUAUAGUGUAGAAAGGAGGUGCUUGUAGUUCUGUGCCAAAUGUAUUGGGACAACUCCUAGAGAUCGAUAGCAGUGUAUUUUUUGUAGCAACCAUUGUGGUAUUUGUUUUGCUGUGCAAUGGAAAGCAUUUUUAAAGAAGUUGCAAAGUUGAAGGACACGGCGGCCAUUCUUCAAGCUAUGCAGGGAUCUACUGAUCCAUGGCUGCAGGCUCAGAAUUGUGUGGCAAACCUGAUCAGUACCAGAAAAUGGCGCAAAAGGAAAGGCAAGUAUGCUCUGAGUUUUGCUGCUGGGUGGAUAGCGGAUAAAUAUCAGGAGUCUUGUAGGCUGAAGCUGAGUUUGGAAGAAGUGGAAGAUUUAAAAGUGGAAAUUGUUAAAUUGAGAACUCUUGUCCAGCAGGCAGCUGAAGCUAGCGCUAAUUACGAAUGUACUGCGAGGUGUGAUACUGAGCUGCGCAAGGAGAAUGAAUGGUUGUCUGAAAGCCUGACACACGCACAGGGUGCUGUUGAGGAGUUGUCUGCUCUCUGCAGGAGGACAGAGGAUGAGCAUUCUCGGUGCUUAGUGCAGCCGGAGUCAUUGAAGCAACCGUUAAUGAAUAAUGUGUCUAGGAUUAUAGGAAAUGUAUGGGCUGUAAACAUGGAGGACUGUGGUUCAGAUAGUGGAUCCGACUCACGGAUGGAGAUGGGCAAUGUGUCUGAUCCUGGAGUUGGAAGUAUCAACACAAUGCCAGAAGAUUCCUCAGAUGAGUCAGUGCAGGAGAUCCCAACCCCAUUUAUAAGGCAAGAAAUCCCACUUAUUAAACCUGACAGGGCACACCUGUGAAGUGAAAAUCAUUUCAGGUAGCGCAAUUGUGUCUGCAAAAAUCAUGGUAAUGAAGCAGGGCGUACAGAACCCAAUUUUAAUCCGGAAGAACCGAGUGAUGUGCGCCUGGCCAGAGGGGUAAACUGAGUUUAGGGAUCCGAUGCAGGAAGCAGAGGAGGCUCUAUCUGGGCUGACUUUGCUGAAACAGGCCGGAUCCACUAAACCUGGGCCUACUGAAACAACCAGUACCCGAGGUAAGUGAGUCCCUAACUGUCACUUCCACCUCCACUACUGACAGGGUCACUUUUCUUUUUCUCUAUCUCUCUCUCUCUCUCAUCCCUCUCUCAUCUCUCGAUCUAACCUUGAGAUGAUGCAACAUGCUGAAUCCAGCUUCUCUUCAUCCUGGUUUUAAGGACGAUGAGCAGGGGGGAAAGUGGUGCCGAAAACAAAGAUCUUCAAAAUUUUUACUAACCAUUCUAACCUCUCAAAUGUCAAUAAUUUUUCUAACCUAGUAGAGAAUUACGUUGAGAACCAUCACAACUGCCUUUUCUAUGACAGUACUUAGGUCAGAUUUUUGCAUAGAAGGUAAUAAAAAUCACGUCCGAUCCAUGGCCUGAAUGUUCCGCUGUAACCCUUUAUUCCAUCAGAUAUGCCCACAGGCAGCCCCACGGGUUAUCACCCGAUGUCCACCACCGGGUUCGGGAGUUUCUCCCGGACCCAGACUCAAUAACCAGUGUUCAUUCUAGUCAACGAGGUGAUUGGGUCGUGC